AUGGAAAGUGAAGGAACUUCACGAUCUGAACCAACGAGUCGUAAGAGAAAACAAGAUCGUAGGCUAUGGACCUUUGCGAAAGAGCAGGCCCUACUUGCUGCCAUGAUGGAGUGUAUCUGUGAUAAAUAUAAAGCUCAUAAUGAUUUUAAGCCGUGCUACUUUAAUGAAGUUGAAAAGGAGUUGAAGAAGAGAUUGCCUAGGACGACGCUUAAAGCGCAACCCAACAUUGAGUCGAAGGUGAAAAAUUGGAAGGACAAGUAUGCUGUAAUAACUGACAUCACACGUCUUAGUGGGUUCGGUUGGAACCAUACCACUAAUUCCAUUGUAGUGGAUGACGAAAACGUGUGGAAAGAAUAUGAGAAGUCCAAUUCCAAAGCGAAAGGAAUGAAUGGGAAGUCUUUCCCCAUGUAUGAGAGUUGGCAAUUCUUAUUUGGGAAGUUGGGAAAAAUCCGGCAAUAA